AUGCAUGGAAUAGUAAUCACGACAACGUUGUUUCUGUUUUCACUAACUUUAGUAGCGAAUGCGUCUGUAACAACCGGGAAAAGCGGCGGCUACAAUAGCCAAGGCGGUUGGGGUUCGUGGAGUCCGUGGAGUGAUUGUCAGGCUAGCUGCGGUAGUGGACUGAGAGAUAGAAGUCGUAACUGUGAGGGUGCGAAUCAGUGUGACGGACCAAGUAUAGAGUUGGACAACUGUGACACUACGAUUGCUUGCCCAGUCGAUGGCCACUGGAGUGCUUGGAGCCCUUGGACGCCUUGCACAAAGUCAUGCGGAAACGAGGGCACUACACGUCGAUCGAGGCAAUGUGACAAUCCAUCCCCCAGUAACGGAGGAGACGAUUGUCCUGGAAAGAAGGAGAUUGUUGCUCAGUGCAACGUGAAAUGUUGUCCAGUUGACGGUCAAUGGGGAAAAUGGAACGCGUGGGGACGUUGCACUCGUAGCUGUGGAGCCGCCGGGGCUCGAAUAAGACAUCGACUCUGCAAUCAACCAACUCCAAGUCCAGAACCAUGCCCCGGUAAACAAUGCAUCGGGAGCGACAUCCAUGUAGAAAAGUGUAACAUAUCUCCAUGUCCUAUCGACGGAGGUUGGAGCCCCUGGAGUGAAUGGAGUGACUGCUCUCGUACAUGCGGUCUGGAUGGUCUCAGAAAAAGGAAUCGCACUUGCACCAAUCCUCCUCUCAAAAACUCCGGAGAAGACUGUUCAGGGCCUAGCGAAGAAAAGCGCUUCUGCUUCCUCGCCACCUACUGCCCAAUACAAACUUUCUGGUCUAGUUGGACAAGAAUAAACAAGUGUUCUCUAGAAUGCGACCAAGGAGGUCACACAAUUUAUGUACGACAAUGUGUGCCUCCGGUAUUCAAUUUUGGCUCCGAAUAUUGUCCCGGCAAUGGUACAAAAUCAACCGUGUGCGACGUACACAGUUGUCCCGUACAGGGCGGCUGGAGCUAUUGGAGCUGUUGGUCACCAUGCUCCAUUACAUGCGGCAAGGGACGACGAAAACGGACCCGAGUUUGUAACAACCCUUACCCCACAGCCUUCGGGACAGGAACACUUUGUAUAGGUGAAGCAUCGCAACACGAUCCGUGCAACGGUGCAACAGAAGAGUGUCCUAUGGUGGAUGGUCUGAUUGGCAACCUUGGUCCGCCUGUCCGACGUGCAAUGGCGGCAUCCAACGGAGAUACAGACUAUGGCAAUUGGGGUGCUUGGAGUUGCUGGAGCUCGUGCGACGUCAACUGUGGAAACAACGGUGUAAGAACUCGAGUGAGACAUUGCAAUAACCCCCUUCCAGCCCACGGAGGAACAACCUGCCUCGGAGUCAGCCAAGACAGAAAGCCUUGCGACGGCAUGCCACCCUGUCCUCGAGGUUAG